AAAUUUUCAAAUCAGAAUCGAAGGAUUCAAUUUACAAAAGAGUAUAUUUUUGUAAUCUGUAAGAUUAGUGAAUUGAAUUCAAAUAAUAAGUGAAAAACUUGUACUGGAGACCGACCGACAGCUGGAUUUUUCUAUAGAUUUCAGAAUAUGGAAAAUAUAAUGAACAAGAUGCGGAAUUUGGAUGCAUAUCCUAAGGUCAAUGAGGAUUUCUACAGUAGAACGAUCUCCGGGGGUGUCAUCACCCUUGUAUCUUCCAUCUUCAUGCUUAUGCUCUUCUUCUCCGAGCUCAGAUUAUAUCUUCAUUCUGUAACUGAAACAAAGCUAAUAGUAGAUACCUCGAGAGGAGAACGACUACGAAUCAAUUUCGACAUCAUUUUUCCAGCACUUCCAUGUUCAAUACUCAGUCUUGAUGCUAUGGAUAUCAGUGGGGAGCAACAUCUUGAUAUUAAACAUGAUAUUUAUAAAAAGCGAAUGGACUUUAAUGGUAAUGUCAUAGAAUCAAGACGAGAUCGUAUUGGAGCUCCCAAGCUUGAUACGCCUUUGCAAAGACAUGGUGGCAAGCUUGAACACAACGAGACAUACUGUGGUUCAUGUUAUGGUGCAGAAGCGUCAGACGAGGAAUGUUGCAACUCCUGUGAAGAUGUUCGGGAAGCAUAUAAGAAGAAAGGUUGGUCAAUGUCAGAUCCAGAUUCGAUAGAUCAGUGCAAAAGGGAAGGAUUUCUACAAAGGAUUAAAGAUGAAGAAGGUGAAGGAUGUAAUAUAUAUGGAUUCUUGGAUGUUAAUAAGGUGGCUGGAAAUUUUCAUUUUGCACCAGGGAAAAGCUUUCAACAAGCAAAUAUGCAUGUUCAUGAUCUGCUUGCUUUUCAGAAAGAGAGUUUUAAUGUAAGUCAUAGAAUUAACAGGUUAGCAUAUGGAGACUAUUUUCCGGGUGUGGUGAAUCCCCUUGACGGUGUACGAUGGACACAGCAAACCCCAAGUGGGAUGUAUCAGUAUUUUCUCAAGGUUGUACCAACCGUUUAUACUGAUGUUAGCGAACACAGAAUUCAAUCAAACCAGUUCUCAGUAACCGAACAUUUCAAAGGUGCAGAAGUUGGCCGGCUUCAGACCCUUCCUGGAGUUUUCUUCUUUUAUGAACUUUCACCUAUCAAGGUUACUUUCAGAGAGGAGCAUGUUUCAUUUUUUCACUUUCUGACUAAUGUCUGCGCUAUUGUUGGAGGUGUUUUCACGGUUUCAGGAAUACUAGAUUCGUUUAUAUAUCAUGGUCAAAAAGCUAUCAGGAAGAAGAUGGAGAUUGGAAAGCUCAACUGAAGAAACAGCAUUCCUGUGAAACAUCCCAAUUUCAGUGGCCUCUUGUCUUUCAAUUUUUCCAUCACCAGUUUUUUAUUUGUUUAUUGUAUUUACAUAUCGUUACAAAUGUCAUGGGAAGGGAACAAAGUCUGUUAUAAUUAAUGGCUUCUUAUAUAUAUUAUACCAAAACUUGAGGGUGUUUUUGGUGCA